CGUAGAUAAAACUUUGGAUAAGCAAAAACAUCCACCUUUUAAGCUAAAAAUAGAUGGAGGUCAGGAACCGGUUCUGUGACCGGUCCAAAUUUUCUGAUUAUUUUCUUCACGGGUUGGACCGACUCGGUUUACGGAGCUAAAAUGGUCUAAACCGUAAGUGAUCGAUCGGUGGACUCUCUUUGUUGUCGAACAGAGGAAGAAGGAAACAGUAACAGAGUAUAAACCCUACGACCCAAAAACAAAAGAGACGAAACAAAACAAAACAAAAAGUCUGGUUUGGGUUUCUCGAGCUCUUCUUCUUCUUACAAAGAAAAUGACGGAUUCUGGGCAUGAUAUUGAAAUCAGAUGCCAUCACUGCGCAGGCCCUCUUACCAGAAAUUUGGAAACCAGUAAAUGGACUGUUGAUCCGUUCAUCAGGGAUAGCUUUUCUAUGAUUGGAUCAGCUGUUGGAGGUACUGCAAGUGCAUUCAUUGGAUUUAACCAUGCAAUGCCAAUUGUACGCAAGUGGAUCAAAGGACCCAUGUGGUUACAUUUUCUUGUUGGGGCACCACCUGUUAUAGUUCUUUCAUCAGCAUGUGCUGGACUAGCAGGUGGCACUGUACCGGCACUGGCACAGCUCGCUUCAUCUUCAUACCGAGCUGCAGUCCAUUCGUCUCAGCCACCACAAGCACAAAAGGAUAACAAAAUGCAGAAGUCUACGACUUCUCCUUUGUAAACGACACACACAGCACAGCUCUCUCUUUUGUUCUUAUUUAUUUCUCUUCAUUUUGUAUGUCAAAUCUUUUCUUUGAAAGAGAGAGCUUCUUGGUGUAAAUUCUUCUUAUCUUAUACAACUAUCUGGUGCUAAAGAAAGCUUAAUCCGUGUCACGGGCUUUAUGUACAUGGAUGCCAAUGGUGAUUCACUCAUUCUCAUAUAGACUAUAGAGUGAUGAAAGGAUUAGUUUUGUUGUUUCAGAAGCUGUGGGGUUUCUUUAUAAUAUUCGAACAAUUUUGGCUCUGUUUCGUUAUAUAUAUACGAGGGUAAUUUUGGAAUUUCAAGAUGAGA